AUGGAGAGAACUCCCCGAGCAAUCCUCUUCCUCUUCCUCUUGCUCCUUGUCGAUCCCGGCGUAGCUCAGAACACCACCACCGGCAAAGCAGACGAGUUCCAUGUCGGAGUGAUCCUCAAUCUGGGCUCGCUGGUGGGAAAAGUAGCACGGACCAGCAUUUCACUGGCCGUCAAAGACUUCUACGCGGUCCACCAGAUUUACAGCACAAAGCUUGUCCUCCAUUUCAGGGAUUCCAUGGCCAGUGAUGUAAAGGCUGCAUCAGCAGCGAUUGAAUUACUGGAUAAUUACAAACUGCAAGCCAUCAUUGGUCCCCAGAAAUCAUCAGAAGCUGUGUUCAUCUCCAAGAUCGGAAAUAUAACCCAAGUCCCCACAGUAUCCUUCACAGCAACAAGCCCCUCUCUCACUUCAGAUACUAUGCCAUAUUUUGUGCGUGCAACAUUGAAUGACUCAGCUCAGGUGAAUAGCAUUGCCUCGCUUGUAAAAGCCUAUGGAUGGAGAGAAGUGGUGCUAGUAUAUGAAAACACUGACUAUGGUAGAGGCAUUCUACCAUACCUCAUUAGUGCACUUCAAGAGAGUGAUGUUCAUGUCCCGUAUCAGAGUGUUAUCCCCCCAUCAGCAACAAGUGAAAUCAUGAUGCAAGAACUCUAUAAGUUGAUGACAAUGCAAACAAGGGUGUUUAUUGUUCAUAUGUCAUCCACGAUGACUUACCUUCUUUUUACAAAGGCCAAAGAGGCAGGGAUGAUGGACAAAGGAUUUGCGUGGAUUACUACAAACGGAGUAGCAAACAUCAUCGACUCACUCAAUCCAAGUGUGACCGAGGUGAUGAAUGGUGUACUGGGAGUAAGGUACCAUGUCCCCAAAUCAAAAGAGCUUGAUAGUUUCUCCAUAAGGUGGAACAGAAUGUACCAACAGGAUAACCCAGAUGAAUCACCCUUCAAUAAGCUAAGCAUUGUUGGACUACGGGCCUAUGAUACGAUAUGGGCAUUAGCACAGGCAGCAGAAAAGGUUGGGAUAUCCAGUGCCCCAAAUAAGCAACCAUGGUACAUUAAGAACUCCACAUGCUUGGAAUCCAUGGUUAUUUCCCCAAAUGGUCCAAAACUCUUAGCAGCAAUUGUACAAAAUAAGUUUAGAGGUAUAAGUGGCGACUUUGACCUUACAGACAAACAGCUUAAAGUUUCUGUGUUCCAAAUAAUAAAUGUGGUUGGGAGAGGUUGGAGAGAAAUCGGGUUUUGGAGUGUCAAAAGUGGACUGUCACGGCAGUUGAAUCAAAAUGGCUUAAAAACAACAGGAUCAGCCUCAAUGCUUGAUCUAAAUCCUGUAAUUUGGCCAGGAGAGUCAACUGAAAUACCGAGGGGCUGGGAAAUUCCUAUAAAUGGUAAGAAGCUUAGAGUCGGUGUGCACACGAGCAAUUGCCCAGAGUUUAUAAAGACAUUCAGAGAUCCUGUUACAAAUGUAACAAGUGCGAGUGGCCUUUCAGUUGACAUAUUUGAGGAGGCAAUAAAGAGGCUACCUUUUGCACUUACUUAUGAGUACCUGGCAUUUGACACAGCUGAUACAGCAACUACAGGAAGCUAUAACGAUUUUAUUUAUCAAGUUUAUCUUCAGAAAUACGACAUAGCGGUUGGAGAUAUUACUGUAAGGUACAAUAGAUCAUUGUAUGUCGACUUCACUGUACCAUACACAGAAUCUGGAGUAGGGAUGAUUGUUCCAGUCAAGGAAAACAUGAUCAAGAAUAUGUGGAUUUUCUUGAAACCAUUGAGCACUGGAAUGUGGUUUGGAAGCAUCAUAUUCUUUAUUUACACAGGAGUUGUUGCCUGGCUUCUGGAGUAUCUAAAUGGCAAUCAACAUGUACAUGAGGAGAAGCUGGAACGAUUUCUAUCCAGAAUUGUUCUACUUGUAUGGAUGUUUGUUUUUCUGGUACUUACAUCAAGUUAUACAGCAAGCUUUGCAUCAAUGCUGACUGUACAGCAGCUUUCACCGACAGUGACUGAUGUUCAUGAACUCCAGAGGAAAGGAGAAUAUGUAGGGUUCCACCGUGGUUCCUAUAUAGAGGGUCUACUGGUGGAUAUUGGUUUUGAAAAAUCAAAGAUGAGGCCCUACGAAACACAGGAAGAUUUCGCUGCUGCUCUUUCUAAAGGAAGCAAAGAUGGUGGCAUUGCUGCGCUUGUACAUGAAAUCCCCUACAUCAAACUGUUUCUUGCAAAGUACAGCAAAGGUUACACAAUGGUGGGACCUAUCUACAAGAGUGCAGGUUUUGCAUUUUUGACUGAUGAAAAGUUGAAAAGGGUGGAGAUAAAUGUCAAAGUGAAAACGAUGCCCUUUUCUAGUCUGUCUGUCCCCAAUAAUGAACUCUCACUGACUGCACCCUAUGGGGAUCAUCAAUCUUAUAAUAAUGAUCUCUUUGGUAAUCAGGCGCUUCCCAAGCAAUCACCACUAAGAGCUGAAAUGUCAAGGGCAAUACUCAACAUAACAGGAGAAGAUAGUAUCAAUGAAAUUGAAAAGAAAUGGAUAUAUCAAAACAGCCAUCAACAAGAGGAUAAAAUUGAUGGUUCAGGCGCAAUCACUUUUGAAAGUUUUGGGGGGUUAUUCCUCCUAACUGGGAUUGUGACAACCUGUUCCCUUGCUGUAGCCAUGCUGAUGAACCUCUACAAAAAAUAUCAACAAAAUGCAUGGAGCAAAGAAGACGAUCAAAAUGAAUGUGUACACGGGCAACAAGGAGAAAAUGGAGAUUCACAGGAAGAACAAGGAGAUCAAAACAGCAAUGAACACGGAAACUGCAGUGAUAUAGAGAAGCAGACAACAUUGACUGUGCAACUCAGUUCGAACACAGAGUGACCAGCUACCACCAGACAGUAAGAACAACAAUAUAAGCUGUGGAUUCACACAUAAUAACAAGGCAACGUCACUGACUCAUAUUGGUCCACAAACCAUUCACAGGGGAGAUAAAAGUAGAAUGUCAUUAAGUGGAUCAAGCUAGUUCCAAGCUGAGCAAAGAUCACCUUCCAAUCUCAAAGAUCCACAACUAACCGCGGGGAAAGCCUGGCUGAACUUUGGGUGUGUGGAGCUUCCUAUGGAUGCAAAAUCAAGUAAAGUUUCAGUCUGUCUUAUGCUUCACCCUUCCGGGCAUCACCUGUCUCGGUCUAUCAUAUAGUACUGUAGUUUUCCAGGAAAAAUCAAGGCUAUACACUC